AUGUCCAAUCAAAAUCCCUCCUCCAUUUUGAAACUAUUUGGGGUCCCACUGGUGGAACACGACGACCUUCCGCCGGCGACACCCGACGGUGGCGGCGGCGACGAUACCAACUCCGACUACGACAGAAAAUUCCGGUGCCAAUUCUGUCACCGGGUUUUCGCCAAUUCGCAAGCCCUCGGCGGCCACCAGAAUGCCCACAAGAGAGAGCGGCAGAGGGCCAAACGCGCCCUUUAUUUCCACGCCUCAGACCACCACCUCGCCGCCGCACUCCGACCGCUGCCGUUUUACUCAAGCGUUUUUCCGGCCAACAUUGGUGGCGGUGGUGGUCAUCGUGGUUAUAGAUUUGUGCCUCGGAGCGAUAACGGUUACUUCACGGCGGCGUACGGCGGCGUAUCGGUGGGUUCGGGGCGGUGGAUGUUUGGAAAUUCCGGGGAAGGAGGUGAAAAAGGAUCAACAGAUGAUGUGGGUGUUGUUGAUCUUCAUCUUAAACUUUCCCCAUCUGGUUUGUGA